AUGGGAGAAUCAAGACAAGAACUCGUCGCCUGGUUGAACAACCUUCUCCAGCUCAACAUCACAAAGGUCGAACAAUGCGGUACCGGAGCAGCAUUAUGCCAGGUCUUUGACAGCAUAUUCUAUGAUGUACCCAUGAGCCGAGUCAAGUUCAACGCCAAUACCGAGUAUGCAUACCUGCAAAACUUCAAGAUAUUACAGAACACGUUCGCCAAGCACCAGAUCGACAAGCCCAUCCGCGUCGAGUCACUGGUCAAGUGCAAGAUGCAGGACAACCUCGAAUUCCUCCAGUUUGUCAAGCAAUACUGGGACCAGCACUUCCCUGGUCACGAGUACGACCCGGUUGCUCGCCGUAAGGGCCAAGGCGGUGUUUCCACUGGUGCCGCCCCCGCUUCCCGCGCUGCCACCACUGCCCGAAGAGCACCGGCUGCUAGUAACACUGCCGCUCCCCGAACACGUACUCCUCUCGCCUCUGGAGGGGGAGCUGCCUCUGCUGCGCUUCGCGAGGAGAACACUGCCCUCAAGGAGACUGUCACCGGCCUUGAGCGCGAGCGCGACUUCUACUUCAGCAAGCUUCGCGAUAUCGAACUCUUGAUCCAACAAGCAAUGGAGGCCGACCCCGAGCUCGAGAAGGAUGAGGGUCUGCUUAAGCAAAUCCAGACGAUUCUCUACUCAACUGAGGAGGGCUUUGAGAUUCCACCCGAGGCUGAGGGUGUCGAGGAGGAGACGUUCUAG